GUUUCAGAAAACAAUAUGGCCGCUCCCAGCUGGGACGUGAGUCUCUGGAUUAGGCAGGCAGAGGCAGUUGUGGGCUUCUGCAGUGGCAAGAAAGGAAGCGCCUGAAGGGUCGUGAGGCUGGGGCUGGACCUGGCACCGUUGGGGCGGCCAGGCCUUGAGGACGCCAAUGGCGAGCAGCGUGGACGAGGAGGCGCUGCACCAGCUGUACCUGUGGGUAGACAACAUCCCUCUGUCCCGGCCCAAGCGAAACCUCUCCCGGGACUUUAGUGAUGGAGUCCUAGUUGCAGAGGUCAUCAAGUUUUACUUCCCCAAGAUGGUGGAGAUGCACAAUUAUGUCCCCGCCAAUUCUCUGCAGCAGAAACUCAGCAACUGGGGUCAUCUGAACAGGAAGGUGCUGAAGAGGCUGAACUUUUCAGUACCGGAUGACGUGAUGCGCAAGAUCGCAGAGUGCGCCCCAGGUGUGGUAGAGCUGGUGCUUAUACCGCUCAGGCAGCGCCUGGAGGAGAGGCAGAGGCGCAGGAAGCAGGGCACUGGCUCCUUACAGGAGCUGGCUCCCCAGGAUGGCAGUGGCUACAUGGAUGUGGGUUUAUCCCAGAAGGCCCGAGGUGAAGGUGCCCUGGAACCCCAAGGAGGGGGUCAGCUCAGCGGGGUACGGCCGCCGGCGCCUCGGCCUCCAGCGUAUAACCAGGCGUUGCAGGGCGACCCAAGCUUCGUCCUCCAGAUCGCUGAAAAGGAGCAGGAGCUGUUGGCCUCGCAGGAGACCGUGCAGGUCCUGCAGAUGAAGGUAAGGCGCCUGGAGCACCUGCUCCAGCUCAAGAACGUGCGGAUCGAAGACCUCUCCCGGCGGCUCCAGCAGGCGGAGCGGAAGCAGCGGUGAGCCGCUGCCCGGGCCGCGCGGGGACGCCCCGGUACCCGCCAGAGCCCCGACUCCGCGCCCGACCCACUCACCGAUGGACAGACCAUUGGGAGGGCGGAGCCCGCUGCUUUCAGGAGCCUCUUGGGGGCCCAAGUGCCCUCCUUCCUUGGGAUGGGUGAGCGUGGGAGGAGGUGGGACAGGAACUCUGGGAGCGGAGGCCCGGGACUGAGCCGCCUCCUCCCACUCCAUCCGGAUCAGGAGAAUGGACCGCUUUCCAGAGCCCAGAAGCCACGUGCAGAGACCUAGCCUGCCCCCCAAAGCAGUGUCCAACACCUCAGGCCCGGCCUUACAGUCCCCCGCGCUGGGCCUUGGGGGGCGGUCCCCUGGCUCUGUCCACACCCCCAGAAUCAGGUACCCGCACAGCUCCGAGGACGGCUGCGUCUCCACCCAGGCUAGUUCCCCAUGCCCUCAGCCAUGGGGGAAUCUGCCCUGGGCCGCUGAGGGGCUCCCCUGCCCCUCCUGGGAGCUUACCUGGGACCCACCUCGGCGACGGAGACUGCAGCAGCUGGAGAGGAAAGGGUGAGGAGUGGGAUCGCCAGGAGGGGGGAGUGCCUGUAGCAGUCGCCCCUCCCUCCUCGCACACGGGGUACUGAGGGGGAAAGUUUGAAGGAUAAGGCUCAGGGCUGCCCCAUUAAAGUUAGUGUUCUGUUCUA